CUGCUCCCUGCUGACUGGGGUGUGGGCGGGGAGCGGCGGAGGGAGGAGGAGGCGCUGCUGCCGCGGCCGCCGUUGCCUCCGCUGCUGGGCGCUGGGCAGCUCACCGGGCUUCUGCGGCUGCCAUGGACGAGCAGGCGGGUCCCGGCGUCUUCUUCAGCAACAACCACCCGGGCGCCGGCGGUGCCAAGGGUCUCGGGCCUCUGGCGGAGGCGGCCGGCGACGGGGCGGCUGCGGCGGGGGCGGCCCGAGCCCAGUACAGCCUCCCGGGGAUCCUGCACUUCCUGCAGCACGAGUGGGCCCGCUUCGAGGUGGAGAGAGCCCAGUGGGAGGUGGAGCGGGCGGAGCUGCAGGCCCAGAUUGCAUUUCUUCAGGGGGAAAGGAAAGGUCAAGAAAAUUUGAAGAAGGAUCUUGUGAGGAGGAUCAAAAUGCUGGAGUAUGCUCUUAAACAGGAAAGAGCCAAAUACCACAAGUUGAAAUAUGGGACAGAAUUGAAUCAGGGAGAUAUGAAGCCUCCAAGCUAUGAUUCUGAUGAAGGUAAUGAAACAGAGGUGCAGCCACAACAAAAUAGCCAGUUAAUGUGGAAACAAGGUCGUCAACUACUCAGACAGUAUCUACAGGAGGUGGGUUACACAGAUACUAUUCUAGAUGUGAAGUCUAAACGAGUGCGAGCUUUGUUGGGCUUUUCAAGUGAUGUCACGGACAGAGAAGAUGACAAAAAUCAGGACUCACUCAUAAAUGGCACAGAAGGUGAAGUUAAAGAUACAGCAAUGAUUGGGAAAUCUGAGUUAACAGAUUCUGCCUCUGUACUGGAUAAUUUCAAAUUCCCUGAAAGUGCAGCUGCAGAUUUCAGUGAUGAAGACGAAGAUGAUGACAUUGAUGGACGAGAGAAAAGCGUCAUUGAUACUUCAACAAUUGUUAGGAAAAAAGCAUUGCCUGAGAGCAGUGACGAUCGAGAUACCGAAGAAGCUCUAAAGGAGUUUGACUUCCUGGUUACAUCAGAGGAAGGCGACAGUGAAUCUAGAAGUGCCGGUGAUGGAACAGAUUGGGAAAAGGAAGACCAGUGUCUCAUGCCUGAAGCUUGGAAUGUGGACCAGGGAGUAAUUACCAAACUCAAGGAACAAUACAAAAAGGAGAGAAAGGGGAAAAAGGGGGUGAAGAGAAAAACUACCGAAGAUCUGUUUCAGCCUCUAUCCUAUAUAAAACAGUCAAAACAGGGAUGUGGGAGAAUGAAGAAUCAAGUUUCAGGGCCCAAUAGGUCAAAACUACAAGAUAUGCUUGCUAAUUUGAGAGAUGUUGAUGAACUUCCUUCAUUGCAGCCAUCUGUGGGUUCACCUUCCAGACCCAGCAGCUCCAGGCUUCCUGAACAUGAGAUAAAUAGAGCAGAUGAAGUGGAAGCACUGACAUUUCCUCCUUCCUCUGGGAAGUCAUUCAUCAUGGGAGCAGAUGAAGCCCUUGAAAAUGAACUGGGGCUUGGAGAAUUGGCAGGCCUUACUGUGGCUAAUGAAGCAGAUUCACUAACAUAUGAUAUAGCAAAUAAUAAAGAUGCCCUGAGGAAGACAUGGAACCCUAAAUUUACGUUAAGAAGUCACUUUGAUGGCAUUCGAGCCCUUGCUUUCCACCCCAUUGAGCCCGUUUUGAUAACAGCAUCAGAAGAUCACACAUUAAAAAUGUGGAAUUUACAGAAAACAGCCCCAGCCAAAAAGAGUACAUCUCUUGAUGUGGAGCCUAUCUAUACAUUCAGGGCUCAUAAAGGUCCAGUGCUCUGUGUGGUAAUGAGCAGCAACGGUGAGCAGUGUUACAGUGGUGGUACCGAUGGACUGAUCCAGGGCUGGAACACGACCAACCCCAACAUCGACCCCUAUGACUCCUAUGACCCUUCUGUUUUAAGGGGCCCUCUGCUCGGCCACACCGACGCAGUCUGGGGUCUGGCUUACAGUGCAGCACACCAGCGUUUGCUGUCCUGUUCAGCAGAUGGCACUCUUCGUCUAUGGAACACAACUGAGGUUGCUCCAGCCUUAAGUGUGUUUAAUGAUAAUCAAGAAUUUGGAAUCCCUGCCUCUGUGGAUCUAGUAAGCAGUGACCCGAGCCUUAUGGUAGCAUCAUUCAGCAAAGGAUAUACAAGCAUCUUUAACAUGGAAACACAACAACGCAUUCUCACUUUAGAAUCCAAUCUAGAUAUGACAGCCAACUCUUCCUGCCAAAUAAAUAGAGUCAUUAGUCACCCCACUCUUCCCAUCAGCAUCACUGCUCAUGAAGACAGGCACAUCAAAUUCUAUGAUAACAAUACAGGCAAACUGAUCCACUCAAUGGUAGCCCACCUAGAAGCCGUUACAAGUUUAGCAGUUGAUCCUAAUGGCCUGUACUUGAUGUCUGGCAGUCAUGACUGUUCAAUACGUUUAUGGAACCUAGAAAGUAAGACAUGUAUCCAGGAGUUCACAGCUCAUCGGAAAAAGUUUGAAGAAUCAAUUCAUGAUGUAGCUUUCCACCCAUCCAAAUGCUAUAUAGCCAGUGCCGGGGCUGACGCACUGGCUAAAGUCUUUGUAUGACAGAAUGCAUCUUCUUCACCUUCUAUCUCUUUAUAAAUAACCAACUGCACAAAAGAGAUACAGAAGACCAGGGAAAGAAUCAACCCAUUCUGUCCUUUUGUUCUGCUGAAGGAGCACAGAGAACAUUUGUAAAGUAUAGUUUUACAAUUCGUAUAUACUGUUUUCUAAAACUAAGGUUUGUUCAGGUUGCUGCAAGCUCAGCUGAAUCUGGAGCCUGAAAACUGUUUGUUUCAGAUUUUCCCAAAAAUAGGAACUUUUAUUUCUGGAGUAGUUUCUAAUUCGCUAGGCAGGCCUGAGCGAACAUAGGUUUAGCUUGUCCCCUGUUGAGUAAAUAGGGCACAUUAUAAGGGAUAACAAAAAGCUCCAUGGCUGGGAAUGAGUAGAGGAAGAGCAGAAAUUUAGACCUACUUGUCCCCUGAGAAAUCUUGUUAAACACAUUAGCUAGUCAAAACAGUAAUCAAUACCAUACCUGCUGUACUAAUUCCUAUGAGCAUAAUGACCAGGCAGUGUUAAAUGAGUUUUUAAUCUAGCUCUCCUUUCAGCUGUUCACAUACAGCACCUGGCAAAGCAUUUUACCUAUUAGGGGGGGGGGAAAAGAAAUGCAAUAAUAUGUCAAAUAUAUUAUUAUUCAGAAAUGCUAAACAAAUACUCAGUUUGUAAGCACAUUUCUGUAUUGUAUUACAUUUUUGAAAAUGGAUUUGGUACCAUUCUAAAAUUUAGUUGUCAAAAAUACUUACCAUUGUAAAGAGUAGUUGAUAAGAGUCUGCUUUUACUAAAAGAUUUAACUUAAUUCUGUUUAUUUUUAAGGGCAAGCAGGGCAUAUCUUUAUAAUAAUUUCUAUUAAUUUUAAAACUCACUUUAUUCACAUGGUAUUUAUAGUAUCAGAGUGAUUAUUUCAUUUAGAUAAAAUCUUAACUUUUCAGUGGUUGAAAAGAUGGUGGUUAUUUGCAAGUACUCAUUUAUCAAAACUCACAUAACCACGCUUCAGAUGAUCUCUGCUCUUUCUUCUUUGUCUCUCAUAUUCAAAUUAUCUGACACAAAAAAAAUAUUUCAUAAUUAUGUUUUAACAGUCUAAAGGAUAUGGUUAAUCUCAGCUGCUUUUGCAGACAUACUAAAUAAAGCCAAUGUUUUUUACCUCAGAAGUCCUCCAUUAGCAUCUCCAAUAAGAACCUCUUGAAAAUCUGGAUGGAAGGGUUAAGUGUAAAAUGUUGGGUAAAUAGUUCUCUCUCUCUUUUCCUCUCCCUACCCUUCCUCCAUUGUUUAAUUUAAAACACAACACAUUUAAUGGCUAGUAAAUCAAUAUUGUUUCUGGGGAAAACCAUAUAUUAAAGGACCAGGGGUCCCUGAGCUCCUUGCCUUUGACCAACAUGUGGUCAGCUCUUGGGAGUCCCAUGACCCACUCUCUGAACAUGGUAUUCAGACCUCAUCCCUGCAACUCUUGCCUCUCCUCACACACUCUUGUUCAUUCAGAAUGUCAGAGACCAAUCUAGAAAUUAGAAAUAAAUUACUAAUGUCCACCUUUUCAGUAAAAUGUAUAUAUAGUAGGCUCUCAGACUUUACAAAAUCCAUAUCCAUAAAUACCUUAACCUUUUAAUACAAUUCCUACAUUCCUAUCCCCACAUAUUCCAUUGUCAUAGCAUUUGCACUUGUAAUGAUAUUUCUCCUUGAAGAAGUAUCCUGGUGUUAAUGUGGAUAAUUAACUAUUUUUUCUUUAAAAUUACUGCUUGUCUGCUUCUAGAAAUCUGUAAUAUACAGGCAAAUUUUCUUUAAAGUUAAGGGCCUGUGCUAAAUGCUUGGUUGACAUACAAUAUGCUUUAAUAUUUUGACACAGCUACCUUGUCAUUUCAUCUGAGCUUUUGUUAACCGUGGGCUCAAGGGACUCUUGUAUAAUCAAAUGAAUUGACCUGGACAUGAGCUACCACAUCAUAGCUGAGCUAUAUACCAGGUGAAUGUUUAUAUUCCCAUGCAGAUAUGGAAUUCCACAUUGUGUUUGUGGAAUUCCUCUUUUGGUUCUUCACAAAAUAAAGUAAUGCUGUCACUAACAUGACAUUUGUAGAAAGAUACUGGAAAAUUCUAGCCAGGUGCCCGCCCUUCUUGUAUUUAUGAUGGACAACUACAAAGCUAUUGUUCUGCCAGUUAUUGCUUUAAUUACCUUCCAUGGUCUUCAGCACCUUCUUUACUUAUACCACUGAAAUUCUCAAAACCAAGACUUUUCUCUUCACCUGCAUUUUAUACCUCACAGCUGAAUUUUUUCUGAUAGUGAGUGGAAAAUAACCACGAGAUAAUGUAGACAGUAGUGCAAGUGUUGGAACUAUUGAAAGUUCCUUAGGAAGCCAGUGCUGUGCCACUGGACCAGAAACAGAGGUUCCUCUCUACUAGCGCUGUGUGACGUCAGCCUGGAAAUGAGCCAAAGUGUCUUCCAGCCAGAUUAGAAGUAUAUUCAUGUGUCUGAUUUUCCCCUCAUCCCAUCAGAAAGGUGAACAAAUGAAAAAAAUCAAAUUCAAACAGUCAUUGACAUGCUUUCAUAGGGCUUAGUUUGUAAAUAUUUUGGAUGAAAUGUAUUGGAAUAGUAUGAAAAGCAUCAGAAGAUAUGGGUUCCUGCCUUAUUUUCCUAUGCUGUGGGUACAUCUGUGGGAGCUUGCAGCACCCUUCUCAAAACUCAGCUGUCAUUUGGAGCUCAUUUGCUACUCGAACCAUAGAUAUUUAACGUGAGUGAUAUAAUGACCUUCAGUAUUUUUCUAUUGAACAAGUUUAUCAAUUUUUGCCAUUAAACAGAUAAUUAGUUAUGCAAAGUAUUUAGCUUUUAUAAUCAUUUUAGUUAUGACUAAAGGGGGAGAAAUUGAGCUCCAUCACUGAUGAUGAACUUUGUGAGAAAUUUUUUGUUUAUUUGACUUUCAUUCCUUCAGUAUUCUUGCUACAGAUUUUUUUUUGGAGAUGAUUUAUUUGAAAAUGUCUAAAAUGUAUGUAUAUUUUAUAAAUAUAUAUUAUAUAUAUUGUGGGAAUAUAUAUAAAUAUAUAUAUAUAGACUAUAUAUAUAUACAUAUAUAUAUAUAAAACCAUAGGUGCAUUUUACUGUUUUGUAUUUUCAUUUUUGGAGGUAGUGUACACAGCAGGUAAUGAUGAGUAUGAUGAGUGUUGUGCUGUUUGCUUUUGCAGUAUAAUAUAUAGUUCUAAAUGUUUAAAUUACUGUAAAUACUAUAUUCAUUAUAGGCUAGCAUGCUUGUUUUAAAGAUUGUCAUUCUAGUUUAUUAAAAUCUGAAUGUAAGAAAACUUGGCUAUUUAAAUGUGAAUUGAAAAAUAUUCCAUUCUCAGUACUGAACUAUUUCCAUUGAACAUUCAGGAUUUUUAACAAAACAGAUAUCAUCAAGAAGGCAAUAGCUAGAGAAUGAGAGGUGCCUUUUAAAAAAAUACAAAUGCAGCCUUACAGUAAGGAUGAGGAUUGAGUUUUGGGGGGAAUGGGGAGAGUAAGAGAGAAUGAGAGAGAGAGUGUGUGUGUAUGUGUGUGUGUGUGUAUGUGUAUGUGCUCACGUGCGUGAGCCAAUCUGUGAAGGUCCUGAUUUGUGACCAUCAAUGUCUUUUUAAUGUAUCUGCUCAACUUCUAGGACUUCAGGGGACAUUUCAUGCGCUGUCUUGGUGCUCUUCUGAGCACCAUUUAUCCUUCCAAGAAUUUGGAAUGUGAAUUCCUAAAAAUUUCAGAAGAGAAGAAAAUAACUCUAUUUAAUUAUAGUCAAGUUCAGGUAAAAGGAUAAGUUACUGGGUCACCAAAAUUAUGGGAUCUCAUUAAUGUUGGCUAAGUAAAUGUAAUUUUUAAAAGGUCACCUUUUUUAGUACUUCAUGUAUUUCCCCUUAUACAAGAGCAUGUCAUGAAAUUCUUAUGUAAUGAAGAGAUUCAACUAGUAAAAAUUAUUUUUAGAUUAAACACCUUGAACUAGUUAAAAUUCCACCUAAGAAUAGUAUUUAAAUGGCAUCUGUCAUAUCUACCUCUUUGUCAUUGCUGCCAUUUUAACUAAAGCAAAUCUUUAUGACAUAUGAAAUGAUGGCUGGGUACAACUGAAAAAGCUCUGUUGGUGCUUUUCUCAGGCUUGGUCAUUUAAGUUAUAUUGAACUAAGAUGUCACAAAUCAGACUGAAAGACUUAGUUUUAAUUUUGGUUUUCUUUUGAAAGAACUGCUUAAAUUUUAUCAUCAAUGUUGAUAGUGAGUCUAGAUAGUUAAUCUCUGGUUAGUGUGUAUGUCUGUGUGAUAUUUUCAACCAAGAGCCAAACUGUUAUUGAAAAAAAAAAUAUAUAUAUAUAUGGAGAGAGAGAGCUUAAGUAUAAUUUUCUUCAGCUUUCUUUGUUCUUUGAAAGCUGUUUCAAAGCUAUUAAGUACAUGAUCAUUAAUUUUAUUUACUCAGCAGUUGCCUCCAUUACUGUGUUACUCAUUUAAUUAUUUAUAUCAUUGCAGAUCUUUAGUGUUUGACACUGGGAUUCAGAUUGUACAAAAGUAGUUGCUGACAGAAAUUAUAUGUAUAUUUUGUGAAAUAUAUCAAUUCCCAAAGUUGGUUUUAUGGGAAGGUCCCAAAGAAUUAACAGCUGUGUUUAAAACCAGAGGACAGGUCAUUGGUAAAUGACUGUAGUAAUUUUUACUUCUAUCACUGAAGGUUUUUUAAUUGGCCAUAUUCAUUAUCCAAGUGAGUCUCCAUGUCAGUGUAAGGGACAGAAGGUUGACAAAGUAUUUAACAAAUUACAUCUUUUUUUAAUGCUUAAAAAUGCAAAUAUUAGACCAAACAUAGAUCCCUAGUCCCCAUUUACUUAUUCUAGCAGUAUUACUGAAGUAGUGCUUAGAGGCCAGCAUUUUCUGGACCUUUGCUAAUCACACUUUGACUUGAUUUAAUUUGACCACUUGCUUGUCAUCCCUCUGAUGCAAAUUAGAAAGUUGACUUUAACUUAGAUUAACUGUAAUGUCUGCCUGGGUUUUUAACAGGCUGUGAACCAGUGAGUGCCUUGUUAAUGUAGAAUGAUUUUUUUCCCUGGUUGUAUGUUAGCUCCUCUCUGAAAAUGUCUCAGAGAAUGGUAUUUUAGUUGACUUGUAGAGAGCUGCUAAAUUUGGUGUUAUCAGCGAUCAGAAAGUCUUCAGUGUAUCACAUACCUCCCUCCCUACUUUCUUCUUAUUGUUUGGCUGAAGUUUGCCUCUUGUGAAAAACUAAUACCCCCCCCCCCC